AUAUUGAUUUUAUUUUACCAGAUAUUGAUUCAAAUAAAAUUGAUCCACGUAAACAUAUUUAUUAUAUUGAUGAAGAACAACCAAUAAAUACACGUUUAUUUCAUUUAAGUGUUAGUGAUAAAGAUUCAAUUAAUGAUAAAAUACAAUUAAAAUUAUUAACAUAUACAAAUCUAUUUCAAUUAAAUGAACAAUAUAAUGAUUUAUAUAGUUUAUCAAUUAUUGGAAGACUUGAUAGAGAACAACAAGAACAAUAUCGUUUAACAUUUGAAGCACGUGAUCAAGGUAUUGGACCAUCAUUAAUUACACAAAAAGAUAUAACAAUUGUUCUUCUUGAUAUAAAUGAUUCACCACCAAUACUUGAUCCAUAUCCGACUCCAAUAAGUAUCAAUGAAAAUAAUCUACCUAAUAUUAAACUUAUUCAAUUUCAUGCUCAAGAUUUUGAUGCACCAAAUACAUCAAAUAGUUUUUUAACUUAUUCUCUUAUACCAUCAAAUAAUUCUCGAUUUUUUCAACUUGAUUCAAUAACUGGAAUUCUUUCUGUUGGAAAAAAUAUAUCAUUCGAUUAUGAAUAUCAAACAAAAUAUGAUUUAAUAUUAAAUAUAAGUGAUCAUGGUAAAAAUUCAAAACAUCUUGAAACUUUACAUUCAUUUAUUGUUUAUAUAAAUGAUAUGAAUGAUAAUAAACCAAAAUUUCAACAAGAUUCUUAUUCAUUUCGUAUAUUAGAAAAUAUACCUAUUGGUACAUUAAUUGGUCACAUAAAAGCAUCAGAUCUUGAUAUAAAUACAACAAUUCAUUAUGAAUUAACAUGUAUUGAUGAUCAAGAUGUAUUUGAAAUAAAUUUAUUAAAUGGUGAAUUACGUAUAAAAGCUUUCCUUGAUUAUGAAAAUCAUUCAAUACAUCGUUUAUAUAUCACUGCAAAAGAUAAUGAUUAUCUUCAUUCAGAUCGUGUAAUAAUAACAAUUGAAUUAAUUGAUGUCAAUGAUAAUACACCAGUUAUUGAACCAUUAUCAGCUGUUUAUAUUCCAAGUGAAUUAUUAGAAACAAGUCAAUCAAAAAUGAUUCUAAUUACAACAAUUAUUGCACAUGAUCGUGAUUCUAAUAUGAAUGGAAAUUUAACAUAUACGAUUAUUGAUGGUAAUCUAAAUGAAUAUUUUCAUAUAAAUUUUUUCAAUGGUACAAUAUAUGCACAAUCAAAUAAUUUACCACAAGGACAUCAUCGUUUAACAAUAAAAGUAUGUGAUCAAAAUGAAUUAAAUCCAAAAUGUUCAACAAUAAUGGUUAAUAUUAAAGUUGGAGAAUAUAUUAAUAAAUUAUAUUAUACAACAUCGUUAAAUUCUCAACACUUAUUAAAUAAAAUUCAACAAAAAGAAUAUUCAUUUGAAUAUGAAACAAUUUUAACACGUGAAAUAAUUAUUGUUGUUAUUAUAUCAACUAUUUUAACAUUAGUAUUUAGUAUAACAAUGGGAAUUUUAAUAGCUUUUUUUUGUAAACAAAAACGUUGUAAACAUUUAAAUCGAUCAUCAUUACAAAAACCAUGUGAAUUACUUCAAUCAACUGAUGCUGAUAAACUUCUUACAACAACAACUACUACUAAUAAAUUGACUGGACAUCAUCAUAUUGAAGCAUAUGAUGAAAUAAAACGUUCAGCUGGUGGUGGAAGUUCAGAAGAUAGUUGUUAUGGAAGUAAUGAUUUAUCACGAUCAAGUUCAAGUGCACAUGGUGUUGCACGUCCUCUUCUAACAGCACAACAUCGUUCAUCAAGUUUAAGUUCAACAAGUGUUGAUUAUGCUGUACCAACACAACGACAUCAAUCAUCAUCAAAUAAUAAAUCAUCAACGGUGGUUCUUGUAGGUAUUCAUCAAUCGAUUAGUAAUGUUGAUGAUAAUAUUCAACAACAACAACAACAACAACAACAACCAAAUCAUUUAAAAACAUUUCAUUCACCUGCAACAUCAUCAUCUUCAUCGAAUCAUUAUAAUUUAAAAAAGACUGUACACGCUUUAACGAGAAGACCAAUAACAGAUCUACAAUCAACGUAUUUAACGUAUGAUUCAAUUGAUGCACCACCACCACCACCACCACCACCUCCUCCUCUUCCUCCUCCCACUAUGAUUUAUCCUAAUCAUUCAUCUACAUCAUCCUCAUCGACUGCGAGUUCAACAUCGAGAGAAUACAGUAUUUGA